AGCUUACAACGGUUGCCGCAGCACCAUCCUGUGCUGGAUUCGGUUCGCAGCCAUGGGGAAGAAGGGGAAGGGCAAAAAAGGCGGCAAGGAGGCGCUGGGCGUGCCGAUGGCGCCCGGAGGUGAGGAUUAUCACAUGUACCUCAGCAUGCAGGUGGAGACCUUGGAGCGGGAGCUACAGGUAAAAUCCGCGCAGGCGGAAGAGGCCCAGCGGUCUGAGCUGGAGCUGCGGUCCAGGGUGAUGGAGGAUGACUUCAAGCAGGAGCAGAAUACGACCUAUGCCGUAACAGCGGACAUGGCGCGUCAGUACAAGGCGUUGCAGGAGGAGUUGAUCUACAAAAUCAACUCCCUGGAGAUCCAGCUGACGGAGCAGAAAGAGGAGCUAGAUAUCACCAACCACGAGCUGAAGGAGCUGACCAAAGACAAGGACGCCGACAUCGAAAACAAGGAUCAGCAGAUCAAGCAGCUCAACGAGCGCAUGAACGACAUGUCGGCGGAGUUCGCCAGCAUGCUGGCCGAGACGCUGGAUCUCAUGAAGCUGCACAUCAACGAGAAGCUCUCGGAUGCAGCGCUAGGGGAUGCCGAUGCCUCGAGACCGGACUUCACCCAGCGGUUACAGGACUUCAGCAACAAGGCCUACAACGCGGUGGCCAUCAGCUCCAAGAGCGACGGCCACAAGGCGCUGCCACCCAGCGAUGCUUGAGGCCUCUCAUUUGGUGCGUGACUGCGAGAACCGGAGGCGUUUCACCAACUGCAAAUAGUGCAGGACUGAUGGCUAGUCGGCCAGUCGCUAGACAAGGUGCGCGCUGGAGCUUCCUGGAGCUUCACGAGUGUAGGCAAGGGAAGUGGGUUCGGUGCAAACCUCGCACGGGUGGUUUCUUCCUGGUUUCCCUUCGAAACCUCAGAAAGGACUUGAGACCGACGUCCCUCAAGUGCUGUUGACUGAGCUGGACAGUAGCCCAUGGGAGGCAUGCGCUGGGACGCGCAUCGCUCGCCCGCUGCAGGCACCGAUUUGAAAGACGCU